GGGGUGGGCGACCGCUACUGCGCAGGCGUCCCAGGAAGCGCGCGGCCGAGCCGCGCUCCGCCGGCGUCCGCUUCGCCCGCAAGUAGCCCGGAGCGCGCGGUUCCGCUAGCGCCGAGUUCCGCGCUCAGGACCGAGGUGGCGGCGGCUGCGGGAGCCCUGGCUGCUGUGUUCAACUUGUUCGUUAUGAAGUUAUUAGUAAUACUUUUAUUUCUGGGACUUGUCGCUGACUGUAGAGGUAACUCUUCCUAUAGCUUGACACCGCAGUUACUUCUGGUAUCCUUUGAUGGCUUUAGAGCUGACUACCUGAAGGACUAUGACCUUCCUCACCUCCAGAACUUCAUCAAAGAAGGUGUCUUGGUGGAACAUGUCACAAACGUUUUUAUCACAAAAACAUUUCCAAACCAUUACAGCAUCGUGACAGGCUUAUACGAGGAAAGCCAUGGCAUUGUGGCCAACACCAUGUAUGAUGGUGUCACAAAGAAACAUUUUUCUGAGUCUAAUGAUAAGGAUCCAUUUUGGUGGGAUGGGGCAGUGCCAAUUUGGGUGACCAAUCAGCUUCAAGAAAACAGAUCGAGUGCUGCUGCCAUGUGGCCCGGAACUGAUGUGCCCAUCCACAAUACUACACCUUCCUAUUUUAUGAGCUAUAGCAGUUCAGUGCCCUUUGAGGAGAGACUCAAUAAUGUCACCUCAUGGCUCAGUAGUUCCAACCCACCCGUCACCUUCGCCACGCUCUACUGGGAAGAACCAGAUGCAAGUGGCCACAAAUACGGGCCUGAAGAUAAAGAAAACAUGAGCAGGGUAUUGAAAGAAAUAGAUGGCCUUAUUGGUGAUCUUGUACAAAAACUCAAGGAGUUAGGACUGUGGGAAAACCUUAAUGUGAUCAUCACAAGUGAUCACGGGAUGACUCAGUGCUCUGAGAACAGACUGAUACAUCUGGACGCCUGCAUCGACCCCUCAAACUACAGUCUUAUAGACUUGACCCCUGUGGCUGCGAUUCUUCCCAAAAGAAAUGUAACAGAGGUUUAUAACAAACUGAAACACUGUAGCCCUCACAUGAAUGUUUAUCUCAAAGAAGAUAUUCCUGCCAGAUUCCACUACCAACAUAGUGAUCGAAUUCAGCCUAUUAUUUUGGUUGCUGAUGAAGGCUGGACAAUUGUACUAAAUAAGUCAUCAUUAAAGUUAGGUGACCAUGGCUACGACAAUUCUUUGCCUACCAUGCAUCCAUUCCUUGCUGCCCACGGUCCUGCUUUUAGAAAAGGUUACAGGCAGAGCACUGUUAACACCGUGGAUAUUUACCCGAUGAUGUGCCACAUCCUGGGACUAGAACCACAUCCUAAUAACGGAACGUUCAGCCACACCAAGUGCUUGUUAGUGGACCAGUGGUGCAUUAACCUCCCAGAAAUCAUUGGGAUUGUCAUCAGUGUGCUAUUGGUAUUAACCAUGCUAACAGGCCUUAUAAUAUUCAUGCAGAGCAGAACGUCCACUACCCGUCCGUUCUCACGCCUUCAGCUGCAGGAAGAUGACGAUGAUCCUUUAAUUGCAUAACCCAAGGUGUCUUAUUAGUUUCAAAUCUAAGGAACCAUGCAAGGACUGGUAUUACAGCAUAAAGAGAUAUGUGUCAAAAGACAAGACAAACAUGUUAAAGCCACUCUGGUUUUUCUUGUGUCUUGUUUUGGAUAUAAAUGUCUUGUCGCCUGAUAUAAAUGACCGUGACCGUGGUAAAGUUGCUGGUGGAUCAGUGUAGACCACCUGUUUCACUAACACCAGCCUUUGAGAAAAAUAGUAGAGUUUCUUUCCUUUUCAAUAAAAAUCUAACUUUCAGGGAAAAUACACCAUAAUUUAAUAGGCAUGCUUUUCUAACAAAUUUUUGUAAGUGAUGGAAAUAUUUAUGUAAUUUGUGGAUUCUGCGUAUCCUGGAGAAAAUGUUGCCUGUAUUUUUAUAUUUGCCAUUAAGUAGUGUAUGACCUGAGAAAACCCUUGAAGUAGGGAAUUCUGGGAUGGUUAAUAAGUGAUCAGCACAUAGUGGAGCUGUAGCAUACAAAGAAAUCACUUUAAGUAAAGCUGCUAAAAACAAAUGAAAACCAACUAAGACUAUGAAAUAUAAAGUCUGAGCUUGUUAAAGCCCUGAGCUGUUGGUGCAUCACAAGUUGUCUUUGGAGCUGGGCGUGGUUGUAAGUGCCUGUAGGUGGGAUAGUUGGGGGCGGGUGGAUAAGGCAGAGGACCUUGAGAUUGAGUCCAGUCCAGCCUGGGUUGUGCACCUAGACCUUGUGGUUUUAGCUACUUUUUUGAUACUAUUGUUAAUAAGAAAUUUCAAAGAAAAUAGAGAAAAAUUGUUUUUCCCCAUUUGUGUUUAAUGUCUUUGGGUAAGGUGUGUAUGCGAGUGUGUUUGUAUAUGAAUGUCUUGUGACUUACAAAGGGGACUGGACUAUGUGCCAGAGCAGAGCUGUCAGGAAAGGUCACUUCUUGCACACCUUAGUUGUAUAUUAUCAUCAACUCACAAGUUGAUAUUACAGUUAAAAACUCCUGUUACAGUUUUCAGUUUUCAUGUUUAUUGGAAAUGUUCAGAUGCCAUAGAAAAACACAAGGCUGUAAGGUCAGGAUUUUUAUAUUUACCUUUGAGACUUUAAAGUGCCUUCCAUAUAGCAGAGUGGUAAGAAGUGUAAAGUGGAGUUUGGGGUCUUCUGCUUCUUCACCGUGGUCACGUGGGUGCUCAUGUGCUAAGGGGCAGAGCAGCCCGGCCCUACGCUGCUCACUUCCUCACUGGACUCUUCUUAACCCUUCGCUGAGAACCUCAGGUCUGUUGAGAAGCACUGCCAUCGCUGCCUAGCUGCUCGGUUCCUCAGCACCAGAAUUAUUAGAACAAACAGCCCAUGUGAUGUCUGUUAGAGAAAAGACCAGUGGCUCACUGAUGAGAGUGAUCUUUAAGUUUUGACAACAUGAAGCAAGCUUGAUGAUGUCAAGCAUUUGAGACAGUGACACCUCUCGGUCAUCUCAGAGACACUGCAUUGUCUUGGCUCACUGCUACUUUGUUUUGUUUUUUUGCUUUUUUCGAGACAGGGUUUCUCUGUGGUUUCGGAGCCUGUCCUGGAACUUCACUGCUACUUUCUUGAUACCUGUUAUCUGGCUCCCAGUAUUGGGGUUUUGAGAGGCAUUUCUGUACUCCAUACAUAAUCUAUGCUGUUGAUCAUAAAGAUGGGUGUUUUGUAAACAGAAUAGGACUGAUUUUGUUCAUAAAUGUUCUGACUUGUUACAUGUACCAUCAAUACUAAAGGAUAAAGAGUUUAUCAAAUAAAAUAGUAGAGAAAUUUCUGCAUACAUUUUAGCUGUCUGCCAGUAGAGUAUUUAACAGGAGUUGAAGAUAGCUUAGUCCUACAGUGCUGUGGGUCCCAGUGACUCUGCUGGCUCAGUUGGGGCUUAUACAGUGCCCACCCAGCCUCUGAGUGAGUUUUUAGAAAGGAUGGGAUAAGAAGGGAGUCCUGUUGGUGUCUUAGUUUGUCUUUUAUUCUCAGAAUACUAGAACUAUGUAAUGUUUUAUAAAGUGCUUAUUCAGGAAAUAAGAAUAGUAUUUAUUUAAGUAGAUUAUCAUAUUGAACUUUGUGCUAAUUCAUUUGUGUCUUUGAAACAGUGUAUUGCUGUUAAAGCCCUUGAGAGUCUAGUUUUGCUCUGAGAAAAUCUUGUAGUGAAGCUAGCCUUUGACAUGGAGGUUUGCGUGUGUAUGCUGUCAAUGAUUAACUAAAUUCUGCUCUGCUUUCUGCUCAGGAGAAAGUAUUGACUUCAGGAAAUACUUAGCUCUUGAUGACAGUACCCAAAGGUAGUAGGAAGGUGUUGGUGUGUUUUUGUUAAUUUCAUGAGUCAGCUCCGUACCUUGACUUUCUAGUAGCUUGACUUUCUAGUAGCGGGGCAAUCAUGUUGAUGUUAUCCAGCUGUUAUACAGACUCCUCCAUAAGAGCAGAGGGGUGUGAGAAGGGCUUCCUAGCAGUGCUGUCCAGUAGGUGACUUUAAGAAUCCACGGGUCAAGUCUUGGAAUAUUAAAGGAUCAAAUGCCUUUGCACUGAAAUUGGGGUGUUUCCUUUCUGUGCCCAACUUGUAAGCUUUAAGGAUGUUUGGCUUUAAUUCCUCCUAUGUAGAGUGGUUUAUUUCAUUGUUAAUUUGUACAGUUACAAAUGAAGAACAAAAGCUAGGUGUGCACUGGGUAUUUAUGGUCAGUUCUCGAACAACAUGUGAAAACAGUGAGUGCUUUGGGGAGACAUGCAGUGCCUUAAGUUAAAGGAGAUACAUUUUGACUAUAUUGUUUGAACUUGAAGCUAAUGACUUUGCUCAUGAUAAAUUUUAUGUGAAUAAAGUCUACCCAGACA